CUCAUCACCCCGGCCUCUACGUGUAGGUGUAGCCUGCAGGGAGCACGGCCCAUUGUGGAAAAAGAAGUCAGACUGGUCUCAAACCUGCCGCCAGCGCGGACCGCAGUGGGUGGCACCAGGACAAGCCUAAUGUUUACAGUUGCAGUCGGUCAUGCUGGUGGCACUGUGGAGCAUUGGGCUGUUCUUCAGUUUGUUCACAUUUUGUUCUUCUUCAGAUAAGGACUGUAUCGUCGGUAUUGUGGGUCAUGCUGCGUUACUGCCCUGUUAUCACCAAAAUGAACUCUUAAGUUUUCAUAAUUUAUCAGUCGAGUGGAGGAGAGGCAAUGAACUGGUUUUAAAAGCUAAAUGGGAAGAGGAUGGAGAUGUGGUCAUUUGGAGUCUGAACCACGCUACAAUCCCACGCCGUGCUCCUAUUACCGGAAACUUCUCCCUUGAACUCCCAAAAGUCAGUGCAAAAGAAGACCAAAUGGUUUAUAGCCUGUUUGUGACCUCAGAUGAGAAUGACACUGUCCCACUCUGCUCCAUGUGUCUCCGGACGGCAGCCCGUUUCAGCUCCCCCCUACUCCAGAAAGAUGAAAUGGCAGAGAGUAACAGGACAGUGUUCCUAUGUCAGUCAAGUGGAGGUUUCCCAAAGCCCAAAGUGUACUGGCUCAUAAACGACACAGAGCAGCCCCCAGAAGACUCUGUUAGGACGAACGCCACACCCCUCCCGGACUCAAACCUGUACAACGUGACCAGCCUCCUCACCGUCAACAUCUCCACAGACGACAGCGUCUCCUGCUCCAUUCAGAACCAGUGGAUGAACGAGACACUCACCUCAAAAAGCAGUGGUGCAAAAGACAACACCAUUCGGAGUCGAGCAUCUGAGGGGAUGUGGAUGUUCAGCACAGGAUUGUGUGUAGCAGUGGGCAUCAUGGUGGGGGCUGGCGUGGCCUAUCAGAUCCACCUGGACCGCAUCAGUAAGAAGAGGAGGGUCCUGUAUGAAUCUACGAAAGCUCAAAGAAGAUACAAAAAGCACCAGUUCCUAGAAGAAGAAACACAGGAAGAAGCACUGACCUCAAAGGAGACCUGUGUCUGACGAUAAGCAUUAUAAAAAGAUAUCAAAACUGACUUUAAAUCACUCUUAAACUGGACACAUUUGUAUUUCACUGGAUUUACUUCAUGGACUCAUUUCUAUAAACAUGACUCUGCUGUUGUUUAUUGUUGUAAAUUAAAAUGAUAUUUUCCUUGUA